AGUCCCAACUGAAAUUAAAUUAAUGACUGACAAAAGAUCUGUCGAAUUGUACCUUAAAUUACUUGAGUCAGGCUCUGAGAAAAAGAGAGACAUACGUUUAGUAGUAGUUGGAAAGAAAGGGGCGGGAAAGACUUCAUUGAUUAAAAGAUUGUUUGGUGAAGAUAAUACAGAUGUUACCAGUACAAAUGGAAUAGAAAUUCAUAAAAUAAAAUGCAAAGCAAUGUCUGAUGAUGGAAUAUGGAAUAAAUUAGAUGGAAACUAUGAAGAAACUGAAAUUCAUGCAAGACUAUUGAAAGAAUACGAGGAAAAACUUCAGGACAAAGGAACAAUAGAAGAACCAGUAACAUCCCACAUUGCCAUUAGGGACAACACACCAGCAACAAGUUUUGAUGAAUUAAAGAAAUCAGGGACAGCAUAUCAGCAGCCUAAAAUAAUGACACCUCUAGUAACCACUGAAUCUCAAGUUGAACCUCCAGUAACCUCGCAGCAACCAAACCAAUCAUUAGAACAGGCAAAAAAGGAUAUUGAAACCAUGCUUAAAUCUAAUGUAGAUUUACAGGACAAACAGAAGUAUGCCACAUUAUUUUUAUGGGAUUUUGCAGGAGAUGAAGAAUUUUACCAUACACAUCAAACCUUUUUAUCCCCAGAUGCAAUUUAUCUUGUUGUUACAAAACUCAAUGAGGCUGGCGACAAAGAAGCACAAGAUUUAUUCCAAUUGUGGAUGGAUUCUAUACAUUGUUACAGUAGACUGGAAAAGGAUGGACAUAAAUCUGAUGUCAACGAGAAAACAUCAGAUGAUCUUGAUCCACCAAUAGUUAUUGUUGGCACUUGGAAAGAUGCUUUGAUCUCUGAUGUACAAGAGAUUGAUGAUGCAUGCAGUAAAAGUAUAUUAAAGUAUACGGAGAAUAUGUCAGAAGAUGAACUAAGACAUAUAAGGCAAGAAUACUUUAUCUCCAACACAGAAGAUGAUCCUAGUGUAUUCCAGCAAAUACGAGAAAACAUCCUUAACUUAGCCAGAAAAAUGAAAACAUGGAACAAAGAUUAUCCUUUAAAAUUCAUUCAGCUGGAAACAAAACUUCAAGAAAAGAAGAAGGAGUUACCUAUUAUUUCCCUUCAGGAAAUUCAGAAUAUCGCUAGUGAUACACCUAAGCCACUAAAUGAUGAAGAACUAAGAUUGUUUCUUGAAUUUCACCACGAGAUCAGAGCUUUAGUUUAUUUCAAAGAUCUUCCUUCUUAUAUUAUUUUAGAUACACAGUGGUUAUCUGAUGCUUUUAGAUAUAUAGUUACUGCAAAGAAAUUAAGAGCCAUAAGUAUCAAAAAUAGAAAAAAAUGGGAUGAAUUGUACAGUAGAGGCACAUUACAUAGUGAGGUUUUAGAAGAUAUAUUUAAAAAAAGGGAUAACAUGUUUUCCACACACAAGGACCAUAUUCUGAAUGUAAUGGAGAGAUUUGAUAUCAUUAUACGUCCAAACACGCCAGAGACUGCUGACGAGAAGCCUCGCUACUAUGUACCUUGCCUGAUUAAAACAGAAUCACACUGUGACAUUUAUGAAAUAUUUAAUGUGACAGACUGUACCUGUAAAAAAUCAGCUUGGUUAUGUUUCAAAUUUAAAUUCAAGCCACCACAUCUAAUGAACCAUUUGAUUGCUUCACUGAGCCGGAAGUAUGAAAUUGCAGAAGUGGUUGUUCCAAAUCAAAAGAAAAAGUCAGUUGCUCUUUUCGGAGGUAUUGCAGUCUUUGAGUUACAGAAGAAAACACAUUUAAGAAAAUUGCUUGUAAUGACAUCUCCAAAUUUUAUUCAGGUUCAGGUUUUGGAAUUCGGGAAAGAUUCAAUCAUCAAAAGAGGUUUGUUCAGAGACGUUGGGGACUUCGUAACAGAUGAGUUAGAGAAGAUAAUACAUACACGAUUCAAGAUGUCCACUGUAGAAUUCGAGAAAAAAAUUGAAUGUGGACAUACCAAACCUGAAUUGGUGACAGGAUCCAUAGAAUUAAGUGAGGAGCAGAUUACAGAAUAUUUUUGCGGGACAUGUAAAACACCCCACACAUUCGAUGGCGAAUGGUCAGAGAUAGAAAGUAAAGCUCUGUCUGAUAAGUACGAGAAGAAACUGGGACAGAGAGGACUUGUCCUGAUUGUUAACUUCAUGUUCCAUGGUGGGACAACUGAGAGAAAAGGUUCUGAUGUGGAUUGCAAGAAUCUCACAAAUUUCUUUAAAGAAGAACUAAAGUAUCAGGUGAUAUGUACAACAGGAGAUAUGACAAAGUUUGAGAUACAGGAUUAUUUCCAAGAAAUUGCCAGAACAUACUUAACAGAGAAGUCAAGGGAUUAUCAUUCCUUCAUCUGUGUAAUUAUGAGUCAUGGAAAUAAGGAUGGAAUUCUUACAACAAAUGGAUUAAUAACAGUGGAAGAAAUAAAAAAGCCAUUCAAAAACAAAACUGGAGGCAAAUUUAAUGGUAAACCAAAAGUAUUCCUCAUUCAAGCUUGUCGUGGAAAAGAAGAGCAGGAAAAAGUGGUUGUGUCUGAUUGUUUUGAAACUGAAAUCCAUACUGGACAUGUUGAAGGGUAUGAUGAAUUUCCUGGAACAUGUGGAAACAGGCAAAGAAGAAAUUCUGUUGAAAUGUCUGUGUUCCAACCAGGAUUUGUAGGUAAGCCAUCUGGCUUAUCAGAAGUGUUCUCUACUGAUGCUCAUAGUUAUUAUUCUGAACAUGUUCCAACAGAUGCUGACAUUAUUGUAGCAUAUGCAACAACACCAGGAUAUAUAUCAAUUCGAAAUAUACAUGAAGGAGCAUUUUUCAUAAGAGCUUUCUUGUCUGUUGCCAAGAAUAAAUACAAUGAGGAACAUAUCGAGGAGAUAUUAAGAAAUGUGAGAAAUGAAUUAGCUACGAAUCCAGAAUAUGCACCACAAUCUGGAAGCUUGGCAGGAAAAUGUCAGAUGGGAAUGUUAGAGACUACAUCUACGAAGAAAUUUUUCUUGUAAUGACAGUUC